CUUAACCAAACAUAUACCCACAAUGGAUCUCUCCUUACAGUACAUUUUAAUCCACCUGAACCAGAGCGGGCAGUUGAGAGUGGUGUUCAUGUUGUACUGGAUCCUCAUCUUGAUGUUGACCAUCUUUGUGCUUCUCUACUUCAACCGCUUGAUGGGCUGCCUCGUGACGUAUAUGCUCGACGUGGUGGUAUGGCGUAUGUACCGUGUUAAAAUUUCGGUCCAAUCGGUCAAGGUGUCGUUUCUCGGCGGAAAGGUGCUGUUCCGGAACCUCACCGUCGUGACCCAGGACGGCAUCUUGUGCCUUACGAGGGGCUCGGUCAAGUGGCGCUAUUGGUUGGUGCGCACCCGUGAUUCCGAAUAUAGCAAUACCAUCAACCAUCGCAGCCCUAGAAAGAAGAACGCGCUUCCCAGUCGCUUUGUUGUGGAAGUCGACGGGCUUGAAGUCUUUGUGUUCAAUCGCUCCAUGGCCUUUGAGGCCGCCUUGGACAUGGUCAGCGAAGACAGCAGCGAAUCGUUUGAAGUCAGCUCACAAACGCCAUUGAUAAAGGUAUCACCCUUAGCAAAACACUUGCGCAGUCUUCCAAUCGAAGUUUUGGUAAAGAAGGGGGCCAUCAUUUUCGGAAACCACACCACUCCGACGCUUCUUACACUUUCCUUCCUCACAGCGGAUGGAGACAUUGAUAUAGCGACAGCCAAUUCGCCUCUGGAUCUCUACCGUUUUGUCUUCAGCUACAAGCUUCACACUUUCGAUGCGUUCAUGAAGACCAACCCUACAUAUAAUUCCGAACCGCUUCACGAAAAAGCGAACGCCAUCCACAGCGCCACGGUCAGACGAAACAUCAAGAUGAAACGUGCGCUUCGCAGCUUCUUCCGGCUAACGCCGGUGCGGGCGUUGUUUCUCCGUGCUUCCGUCCAGCCAGCACCGGGCCAGAAGUGGAGGGGCUUGCGGCAGUACAUGGAGAUGGGGGACUAUACCCCAGGCCAGGAUAUACCCGCGGGUAGGGCAGACGAGUACGCAAAGGUGUCGAACUUGGUAACCGCAGAGAUGUGUGAGGUGGUGUAUUAUUAUGAUAUACCGGGACCUGGACCCUUUGGCCACGCCAAUGGUCUAGAGGAUCAGGGGAGUGGUUUUGCCCAGAUGAGCGACGAGGCUAGUAGCCAGGCGAAUCGCCCAGCCCAGGAAAAUGUCUCCGAUAAAACCAAUCCCUCAGCCCAGGCUAGUCAUCCUGGCCCGGCCUUCGGCACGGACCUGGACCCCCUUACCGGAAUCGAUAUCAUCCUCUCCCGCGCCACCGUCAACUACGGUCCCUGGGCUAACAAGCAACGUGCCGCCCUUCAAUCCAUGCUUCUCCCCACAGUCUGCCGCGAUACUCAGCUCACCACACCCCUCAUGCGCACAUACUCUGGCUUCAAGAUCUUCAUGGAGGUGCACGAUGAGCUCAUCUUCCGUGUACCGUUUCGUGAACCCAGUAAAGAGCGCGCGAACGUGCGCGAUGAUGUAUCAGCCUCCCCUUCACGUCCAUUUGGCUGGAUCGAGCUUAAGGUGGAUGAGUUUUCCACCAUGACCUUCGACACCAGCUAUAUCCCAACCGCUUCCGGCUGGGCGAACCGCUUCCAGGUAACCCUCAGUGAGCCUGAGCUCCGUACGAGCAUCAAUCAUGACAUUCUCUUUAAAGCUGAUAAGCACUUGGUCACCGGGGAUUGCGGGUAUCCCUUAGCGUGGAACGGAGAUGUUAAAUGGUCCUUCACUAACGAAUCUCACAACGCGGAGAUCUUUGUGCUCCGCGAGCACGUAGCACUCCUCAGCGACAUGAGUUCCGAUUUUGCUGGUGGUGACCCUGUCUCGUACGAAAUGUUCCGACCGUUUGUGUACGAGCUUCGCUGGGCGAUAGUCAACGGCUACGGCAUAUAUAUGAACGUGAAUGACGGGAAUAUUAUCAACAAUCCGCUUGAUUUUGGAGACAACUGUUUCUUACUCUUUGCUGGAUCUUCCAUAACCCUCGAUGCGGUGCUUCCGAUGGACCAGGUGUAUGCAAAGUCGACAACCAUUGAGUACGAUAUACAUACGCCCAUGUUUGACUUGCGUUUGCUCACGCCGCCGUGGAACACGAUCAACGGGUUUUUGGGCGAUAAUAAAGUCGCUAGGGCGCACAACUUUGGCAUUUCCGGAUCUUACACGUACCACUCAGCCGUGGAGAUCAACAUGGUGGACACAAUUGUGAUUGCGUUUUGCGGAGAUGAGGUCACGUUGGUUUGCUAUGGCUUUUUGGUGCGGUACUUUAUGAUCAUCAUGGAGAACUAUUUUGGUGCGUCGACACAUUUCAAGACGCUUCAGGAAUAUCAUACGAGUAUGGCAGCGAGGCCUGAAAGCGGAGGUCCCGGAAACUUGCCCAAGGACUUGCCUGGAGCCCCUGUGGUACCACCUGCGGUGCCACCUGUGGCGCUACGCGUCGAAAACGAAAUCGACGUCUGGUUCUCUUUCUCUGUCAACCGUGGUAGUAUUGUCCUCCCCAGCUUUAUAUACAACUGCGCGUCCCAUGUCGCCCUCCGCUUCGAUUCCCUUGAUAUUGACAUCCGCUUCACCAACUACUACAUGGAUCUCCAGGCAGACUUUUCCCCCAUCACCUCGCACUUCGUCCAGUGCGACCCGCUCGCUAUUUUUGCCAUGAUCAACGAACUGUUCCACCCAGAAAUGACUAUCGCUGGCGCCGCCAUCCAUGCCCAUCGGAUGUUUGGCCUUCCUCCACUAGAACCCACCUACUUCUGCAAGUGGGACUUUGAUUUCGGUGCCAUUGCGAUCGAUUCUCGUCCUAGCUUCUUUAAGGGGUUGCUUGACUCCGUAGCGGCCGUGGCCUUUGGCUACGAGGACUCGGAGAACUCGCUAGUGUUGGACCUUGCCACCAUCCACGACAUGACAUAUGUCUCUUUUAACUGCCCCAAGGCGGAGAUUUCUCUUGCAGACCCUGAGGGUAAUGGUGCCGUUGUUGUUUCCCUCCAGCCGCUUGCCUUCACCUUCAACGAUAUCGCUAACGCGCGCUACUCUGACUUGGUGGACCUCCAGGUUCCUGCAAUUGCUGUCAAAGUUAUUGAUGCUACUGGAAACAUCAUAGGAGGCCUCGAAACAUCUAUCCACUUGAGCAACUUCUGCCAGAAACGAGAGUUUGAGAAAACUCGAGAUCUUCAGCAACAGCACGUCCGACUCCACGACGGGCCGUUCCAUCGCUGUCCGUUUGUGUUGGCAGAGAUGUACCGCGACGAGGGGUACAACGCGGCAUAUGGGUCGAUUGUGCCUUCGGUUUCGUUUCCAGAGCUUAGCAUUCCGCUUAACGAAGAGACGAGUGACGAUUUUCUUGAUGAGGCGUUAGAGGGAAUCUCUGGUGCAGCCUCUGGCGCGCCUUCAGUUACUUCCGGUGAAACAUCAGACGAAUCUUUUUCCGGCCAAUCCUUCUUCCCAAAGACGCACAUGUUCGGCUCGAACCUCCCGCCAAUCAAUGACUACCUCGACUACGACUUCUCCCCUGCUGCGAAACCCGACCCAGCUUAUGAAUAUGAUAGUGUGGUGGUAAACCUUGGGGCGGUGCUGGGCUUUAUAUCUAUUUCGUCCCUUCCCAUGCUCCUCAACCUUGUUAAAGCCUUUGAGGUCCAUGACAUCGAGUCCGUCAUGGAUAACCUCCAGAUUGAUGUGAUUAAGCGACUCCAGAGCUUCUUGAAAGUAAAUUCCUCUGUCAAAAAUACUCGUUUCAUUACAUCGCUGGUGCUGCUUCGCCUUGGCGAGUUUACUUUCCCAACCAUGGCUGAGGCGCUAGCUUCACCUAAUGGUGAGGGGGUCUACAUCUUUCUUGAAAACCCAUCCCUUGUCUCGUCUUUUAAGACCAUUAGGAUUCCAGACAAGCCGAUGGGCGCGCCUGACAGCAUGGCAAGCGAGUUUACCUGUGCCGUGCAUUUGAAGGAGGUUUUGGUCGAAAUUCAGGGCUCGGACGAAUGGUCCAAGGCGGUAGCUUUGCGUGUGGCAGAUCUUGAGCUUUGGUGUGACAAAACAGCGGGCAUAAUUGAUCCUGGUGAGGUCUGGAGAGACGAAGCCUCAGUCGGACUGGAAACCUCCGGGCUAAACUUCCAGCUGAACUCCAGGCUGGGCAAUGCCUUUAGGCGAACUAUCCGCCCCAGUCCUUCUCGUAAUCCCUCCAUCGCUGCGUCCAUCAGACUCCGCACAUGUAAACUCCUGCUUGUGUCGCAUCGGAUGAAGUGGUUGGGAAGCUUCCUCCACGCCCUUAUGGGAGACCUCUCGGCGCUCCAGCGUGAGGCAGGGCGCGCAUUGCGGAGCUCCAACGACCGCGAGGUGGAGCUUCUCCUGAAGGUGGCGGCGGCCAGUCGUGCAGUUGUACACGACUCUGCGGUUAUCACAAAGCCAGCCUACAUAAUCCGUGUUUCCAAGGACCAUGUGCGCUCUAACGACAGCUGGCGCGUGAUUACGCGCUUGCGCCACGUAUUGCAUACAUUACCGCGCACGUGGCAUGCCACCGUCAACCAGUCACUCCAGGAAAAUACCUGGAUUCCGCCGCCAGACGUUGCCGCGCGGGUGUUGGAGAUCUUUGCAGACUGGCGUAGCUGGGAGUUUGUGGAUAUCAACAACAGUUAUGUAUUUUCGCACGUGUUUCCAACGGUGUUUACCAGAAAGGUCUCUGAAACUCUUGACUGGCGGGUAAGCACGUCGGUGGAGGACUUUGCUAUCCGGAUGGUGUCGGAAAACGCCGAGGAUGACUUUGUGAAUCUUGGAUACUGGGACAUGUAUACGACGGGUGAGAUGAAGGAUAUGAUCGAGGUGAGCGUGGAGAUGAAGUUGGAGUCGUACCGGAGUAAGGUCAGUACGAUGUUGGUUGUGGUGAGGGAGUUGAUUGAGGAGAUAGCGAAAGCUGGAACCGAUGGAUCGAGAGUUGAACCGGAUAAAUCAAAAACGGUUCCAGAGACAGAUAAUAUAAAGGUGACCCCCGAGGUACUGGGCCCUUUGGAGGUGCCUUUGGCGUCUGUAUCGUCUCCGUCUCGGCCCCUUUCUCUUUCUUUCACUUGCCUUGUCGAUAACUGCGAACAAUACCUCGAUCUAGGAAGUGGCCUAGCCGUUCUCUCAGCCACCACGCGCGGCUGGUCUAUCAAUUCUCAGGCCCGGAUUGAACCACUCACCUCUCCCAUAACUCUCUCCAUGAAGGUGGAUUCUACGGACGUAGGUCUUUUAUACGGUGGCUUGCGGAUGUUUUCCUCCAAGGUGACCGACACUACGCUUGUGGUUGCGAACGUCGGUCCGCUCAUUGGAGGGUCGAGGCUAGUUGAUAUCGAGAUGAUGGACGUGGAUUUGUCAAGCGACAGUGGAGUGGGCCCGUUUCUCCAAUUGAUUACGGAAUUGCUCGAGGCCGAAAGGGAGGUGAUUAUGUCUUUUAUGAGUGAGAAGGUAGAACCGUCAGACCUCCCUUCAGAGUCAACGCUCGCGUCGAAGUCAUCACAGCUCAUCCCAGCGACGUCAAAACGUGCGCCAGAAGCCCUCGCUUCCCUUUUGGUUAACCUCGGGAUCAUCGAUUUCACCUCACGGAUUCGUCACUUUAACUCGAAGGUCAAAAUGGUGUCACACCUGGGCCAGGUUUACGUAUCUGACGCUGCGCUCAAAGUGAGACUCGACCAGGAAACCGUGGCGGUCAGUUCUAGGUUUAAAGUUUUGGUAAUUGGCCUCCUCUCAGCAGAAACUACCGUCUGGCGGUCAGAAAAUAAGGACUUUGAAACCUUAGCCAGUGUGGCGAUCGCGGAAACGGUAUCGCUUCGCGUUUUGCUCCAGUCGGGCGCGUUUGAAGUCUUCUUCCCGCACCCGACGGUGCUAGGCGAAUCGUUAUUUUCAAUCCAGUCCGAUGCGGUUGCAUUGAAAGGCCAGACUGAAGUGAUAAGAGAGACGAUCAAGGCAUUUGGAGGGAAUCAUGGUAACACAAACCCUGGGAAACAUGGUAGCACCGUUCUUUUUAACAUCCACGCAGUCCACAACCACAUUGGAAUCACUACAAAGUCGCUGGAUCAACGUGUGAAGCUCGAGGUCUCUAGGAUUAAUCUCCAGGCAAGCAAUGGCAGUCACACCACCAAGAGUCUCGUCCCGGUGUACGGCAGUCUCAGCCUUGCGGCUAAAUUGUUUGCCUCCUCCCAGACAGUUCUCGAUAUGGGCUUCCAUCUUCGGGUGUUGAAUCCGGUGCAGAGCAGUGAGUCAGCGCUCCAGACGCUCCAGGUAGAGAGCGAACACUGCCGGGUGUUCCUCUCCCCCAUAAUUGUUGCUUUGUUCGUGGAGAUGGGCGGAAGCAUGGCGGCGCUCGUCCCCAAACCAGCGGAGGAACCAGCCAGCUCUUUCGCUGAAAGCGGCUCCGAUUUCAUGGCGAUAGAAACCAUCAUGAGCUUUUACGCCAUCCAGAUCUUGUGCUACAACUUUUGUUUUGGCUGGUCGUUCGGUGACGCAGCGGAGAUGGCAUAUCCUGGGAUCAAUUUCGGGUGCGAGCGGGUGUUUGCUGUCACUGAGAAAGGCUUGGGGAAACUCACGCUCAUGAAGGCGUAUGUGUCUGUCGCCCGAGGGUCCCAUAGUGACGAUUUCUACCCAAUCCUGGCGGAGCUAGAUGCCCUAAACCGGGCGUUUCUUCCGAAGGUGCAGGUGGUGGUGGUGCGGACGAAGGACGGAAUUGGCAGAGAUAUCAAUAUCCGGGUUACUGGCGAGAAAUUAGACGUGAAGUUUUCGUCAACUUCCAUCAGGUUGGUUGAAAAUUUGCUUAAAUCGAUAGCACUAGUCACGGAUUUGGUCACUGACCUCUUGCCAAAACCAGCACCGAUGCCAAUUCGCUCCGAAGAGGUAGACUACAUGGAGGCGUUGGGAUCGAAGUUUACGUCGAUUCAGUGCAUGAUGAGCUUUGCGGGAGGCACGUUCUUGUUGUAUGUUCCACUGGACGAGCAAACAGCACCGACGCUUUCGUUGCAAUCACCGCCGGUGAAGAUCUUGUUGCUGUAUAACAAGGUGAGCGGAGGGAUAAAGAAGCAUGUUGUGAAUUUGCAGGUGUUGGCGUCGUCUUCGGAUAACACAGUGUAUUCGUCUUGCGUUCCGGUGUUGAUGGAUAUCUAUCGGAAUGCCAUAGAGAUGGUAAAGAUGGAGCUGAUUACCAAACUACCGGAGGGUGAAUUGGUCGCAAAGCAGACGGUAAAGCCCCAUGAAUCGAUCAAGGAGGUCGACAAACGCUCAGACCCAAAAAAGGAAACGUCAGAGAAGGCAAACGGCAACCAUGGAGACUCAAAUAGUACUACGAGGGGAGCCUCUAAGAGUUCCUCUAGAGAGACGUUAGGGUAUAAGUCUGGAUCCACCCAGACAAGCAAUGGCUCAGGGAAUGGCCACAUCCAAAAUAUUCCGCCGGAACCUUUGCAGCCAAUCUCUAAUACUCCACGCCCAAUACCCGCGCCUCUAGACUCCUCUGAAUUUUCUGGCCCUCUGGGCACUUCCUCGGUGGACAGUGUUUCUGGGCUCCCAGACACUAGAAAUCCAAAUCCUGAUGACCGAAAUUCCACGCAGAGUCAGAUUAUCCGCCUUCUCAAAGACACGGAUUUCCAUCUCGGCGUCCGCAUCGCUUCGCAACGCCUCUCACUCAGCUGUGAACCGACAGCCAAGGUGGAAGCAAUUGUUGGGAUUGGCCUUAUUAAUCUCGAGGUCAUGAACUCUCCCGACGGCGCACAAUUGGGCGGAUCGGUCAAGAUCAACGCGCUCACUGCGUCGCUCCAGCACAUCUUCUCGCGCCAGGUGAGUGCUCUUAUCUCCGUCGACCAACUCAGUUUGACGUCUCUCAUGGGCCUCAGGAUUCAGAGCUUCGCCACUGCUGGGAGCCUCUCGGCCGUCCGCACCUAUGUAAACUUUAAGCAACUCCAGGACGUGCACCUCUUUGUGGAUAUCUGGAUGCCAGUCACUCCAAACGGCCCACCCAAGACCGUGUCGCGCACACUUGCACUGCGCUUCCGCGAGGUCAGCGCUACCCAGACGUUUCCCUGGGUGGUCAACUUUGUCAUAAUGGAUGUGCUGGUCGAGGUGGAUCUCGGGCAGUCUCUUGGAAUCGUAACGCUUUUGCUCGAUCAAUUCUGGCUUGUUUCUCGACGCAAGGUCGACUGGUCACAGAGCAUGAAACUUGGGGUUCAGUCUGUUUCGUUGGCAUCGAAGGGCCGUCUCAGUGGAGGGGUUGUUUUAAAGGACAUUGGCGUCCAUUCGGCAAUCUCGUGGACACUUGGGACAGAGAUUCUCGAUAUUCCGUUGGUGAAACUCUCCGUUAGCUUGGGCUCAUUGCAGGUGAAAACUGCCUUCGAUUACCACUCGUUUUUGAUAGCAAACGUGGAAAACCUUUCUAUCCACGUGUUCAACCAACGGAGCGGAAUGAUGGACGAUAGACUCGCAGUCGUGGGUAAUUGUGAUACGAUUGAGGCCUAUGUUACGGCUUUAGCAGCCUCGAACCUUCUUGAUAUCACGAAUACUCUUCAGCAAAUCGUCAGUGACUCCAAAACCUCUUACUCCGAGGUGUUGCGCGAUUCUGCGAGCGCCCCCAUGGAGGAAGAGAUAGCCAAACCUGAAGGCCCCCUGAUCUUCCGUCUCAAGACUGUCUUUGCGGUGUCGGUGCACCAAUUGGUGCUCCAGGUAUAUCCCAGCAGCUUGCUCGACCCCCAGGUGCUUGUAGUGAAGCUCGCCGACUCCAAUGCGUUGUUCAAGCAAGUGUUCUAUGAGAACCGGAUGAAGGACACGUUGACGUUGCGGGUUCUGGAUGUGUCUGUAGCGGUUUCCAGCUUCAAGAAACAGCGUCCGGAGGACGAUAUCAACCGGUUGAGCGUUUCUGAGUUUGUUAAACACUCGCGGGGGGCUCAAGGCGGGACGAUUUUUGUGUUCCCCGCGGUCGAAGUGGCCAUGACCACGUUCCAGACGCCGGAGAGUAAUAGAGUGGGGUAUCUAUUCAGAAGUGUGUUUGACGGGAAGGUGGACGUCCGGUGGAACCUUGGGUCAGUGAACUUUAUCCGGGAAAUGGGGGCGGUACACUAUAAGGCGAUUGAGUCGAGAAUGGCAAGGGAUUACACCACAAACUUUGAUUCUAAGGAUCUGAGUUUGUCUAGAGAUGAGAGUUUUAUACCGGCCCCAACGACUACCGAUCCAGACCUCCCUUUGCCUACCUCCACCCUGGACCGGGUCAAAUAUGUCUACGAAGCGCUUGAGCCGCCAAUCAUUAACUCGCCACAGUUGAAGGAGUUGGGUAAUGCCACGCCGCCGUUGGAGUGGUUUGGGGUCCACAGGGGCGAGUUUCCAAGUGUCACGCACCGUGUAAUCAUUGUGGCGUUACAGAAGAUCGUGGCCGAGGCCGAGGCGAGGUACACAAAGACGCUAGGGAAGGCAUAAGAUAUGUUGGUAGUUUUAUCUAAGUAUGUAAGC